AUGCUCAAUGAGAACCGCUUUCACACACCUAAACAGUGUACGAAAUGCAACUCCAAGAACAGCCAAUGCAAGAACCAACAAACACAGACAGAACGUCAUUUCGAACGCUGGAAACGACAUAUCCAAGAUGUGAUGAAUGUACAAGAGAAAGCAAACAGAAAAGAAAAUGAGAAGAAAGGGGAGUGGCUCAAACAUAAUAUAAUAGAGACGAAUUUCACUAUAGACGUAUGGAACGAAGAUAUACGCCCUCGGCCCCCUCGCCCUUUGCCCCCUCGCCCUUUGCCAUUAUACACAAGUCGCAUAACACCUCCUUAUUCCCUGCAAUUAUUACUUCGUCAAAUUCAUUUCGCUGAACAUCAUAGUCCGGUAUCUCCGCUGCCCUCCAAGCCACGUUGCCGUCGUAUAGAUGUAAUAAUAACCAAGACAUCAAACGAUUAUAGGAAAUUGGCAGUGUGUACACAGAACAUACAACCGCCCAUAAUCAAGACAUUGACUUGGAAUCCGAUUACGUUAGAUUAUCGAACUACAUCGUCACUGCCCAAAAAAAGCUUUAGAUUGAGAGUAAAACAUUGGUGUCCUGUUUGCAGUGGAUCGGUGUGUGAAGCGUGCCGGAAUCCUUUUACAGAAAAGAGAGCAAGAGAGAAUGUUGGUCAGAACAGGAACGAUAACAAGCACAGCAAUUGCGUUGAGAAUAAAUGCAACCGUCGCAAUGGGAAUGACAAAGUGAAAACCCAUGUCAGAGGAUCAACGCAGUCCAAUGAUGAAUGCGAGAACGAGAUCAAAUGUUACUGUUGCUCCAGAUGUUACAGAAAACACUGGUCACCGAACAAUAAAGAGCUGAUGGAACAAUUAAAGAGACACUUUGAAACGUUAGGCAGAAGCAGAGGUGAAAAUGGCGGGAAAGAAUGGUAA